AUGACUCAAGCUAGACUUGCCUCCUGUAUACCUUUACCUUUAGAACACAAAUUUCUUGUAACUGUGAUUGAAAAGGCCAAGGAUUGGGCACUAAUGCAUGGUGUUGGUAUGAGAGAUAAGAAAAACUUCACUAAAGACGCGAUACAGAUUGCACCAUUUGUUCUUCUUCCGUCGCCUUUUCCCAGAACAGAAUUUAACAAGGCUGUAGAGCUGCAACCCGUUUUAAAUGAAUUAAUGCACAAGGUGGCACAUGAUGACGAAUUCCUAGAACAUACUCUACAAAACGCACUCGAAGUUGACGAAUUUACUGCUAACCUCUAUGACAUAUGGGUCAAGGUUAGGCAAGAAGGCAUUGUACAGUCGCUCAGCCUUGGCCUCUUCAGAUCGGACUACCUGAUGCAAAACCCGGACGGCAACAAAAUAAAACAAGUGGAGUUUAACACGGUGGCAUCGAGUUUUGGCGCCAUGACGUCGAAUCUUCCCGCCAUGUUUCGCUAUAUUCUACGUCAGUUGGCACAUGGUGAUUUAAUUAAAGAUAUGCCAGAAAAUCGUGCACUCUCGGGUCUUUGUUCUGGUAUAAUUGAAGCGUACGACCUUUUCGGUGUUUCCUCCGCGGUCAUACUCUUUGUAGUCGAGGAGGUCUCGUACAAUAUUUGCGAUCAAAGGUUUCACGAGUUUGAGAUAUCAGAAAGGAGGCCUGAGAUUAUGAUAUACAGAAAAACUCUGAAUGAAAUUUAUGAAGAAACAUGUCUAAAUGACAAGAAGCAACUCAUGCUAGAAGGACACCCGGUAGCGGUGGUGUACUACAGGUCGGGAUACGAACCCGCUCAGUAUCCCUCCACCAGGGAGUGGGAGGCGAGGCUACGUGUUGAGAGAUCUACAUCGAUAAAAUGCCCCUCAAUCCAAUACCAAUUGGCUGGUACCAAAAAGGUGCAACAAGCGUUAGCAGUUCCUGGCGUGUUGGAGAAGUUCAUGGGUGCUGGUGUCUCCACGGGGAAGGUCCGGGAUAUCUUCACUGGUCUCUAUUCCUUGGACUUCGAUGAGAGUGGGGAGAGGGCGGUGGAUAUGGCGCUGGCUGAUGCUGAAAGGUUCGUGCUGAAGCCGCAGCGCGAGGGCGGCGGCAACAACCUGUACGGCGCGGAGGUGCGCGCGGCGCUGCUGCGCAUGCGCCACAGCCGCGAGCGCGCCGCGUACAUACUCAUGGAGAGGAUACUGCCGCCUCUGGUGUCCGGGUACGUGGUGCGUCCCGGCGCGGCCGUGCCGCCGCCCGUCACCGACCUCGUCUCCGAACUGGGCAUAUUCGGAGUUAUUAUUGGAACAAAAGAUAAAAUCUACUGUAACCGCCAAGCGGGCCAUAUGCUGCGAACUAAACUGGCCGAUGCCAAUGAAGGCGGCGUGGCGGCGGGCCUCGGCGCUCUUGACUCGCCCUAUUUACUCGAUAUG